GUGUGCAACUUGAUCAUCAUAUCGUCAUCACGAAUUUUUGAUUAAUUCACUCGCUACAAAUAAUAAUCAUCACCACACAAUAUAAAAAAACAUGGCUCAAUCACCAGAACAAGCAAUUGAACAAUUUUUGCUUUUAGGUAAAACUGUGAAGGGAAAAUCAGCUGUUAAUCUUAUCCAACAAGCUAUUAACCAUCCUAACACAUUUGUAUUCUCUGAAAUGUUAGAUCUGAAAGGUAUCAAGGAAUUAGAGGGAACAGAAAAUCAAAAGGAUUUAAAUACAUUAAAGCUUUUCGCUUUUGGAACUUAUAGCGAAUACAAGGCUAACCCACAAAACUAUUCCCAACUCUCUGAAAAGAAUUUGAACAAACUUAAACAGCUUUCAAUUGUUACACUUGCAUCAAAGAGUCGUCUUCUCAAGUAUGAAGAUUUAUUACGUGAGUUGGAUAUCACUAACGUCAGAGAAUUGGAAGAUACAUUGAUCGAUUGUAUGUAUCAAGGAUUGUUAGAAGGUAAACUGGAUCAAAAGUCAAAGUGGAUGGAAGUUUAUGAGACAAUUGGUAGAGAUAUCAAAUUAGAUGAUAUUGAUCAAAUGAUUUCUGUAUUAAAGAACUGGACAGUCGGAGCAAAGGAAAUUCUUAAAGGUAUCGAUGCCAACGUGGAAUAUGCCAACAAGCAAUUCAAGGAACACAAUGAACACAAGAAGAAGUAUGAAAAGGAAAUUGCUAAUAUUGAAGAAUCAAUCAAGGCCAGCAUUGAAGAUGAAAACUCUGGUGGUAUGAUGAGCAUGAUGGGUAUGAUGGGAAUGAUGGGUGGCAGACCUGCUGGUGGUGCCUCUGCUGGUGGACGUAGAAAGAAUAGAUAAUUUGUAAAUUGAUCAUCAUACACGAUUCUCCUUGUAGUUUUAAAUAAAUUAUUAAAUGUAAAUGUA